AUGGCCUUCCUUCAUUCCAAACAGCCGACACUCAAGCAUUUUAUUCUGAGGCAAGAAGUCCUCAACUUUUAUCGCUAUGCUAUUCGCUGUACACGAGGAAUACCCCACCCGCAAGCACGCGUAGAGACCGUUGCAUGGAUUCGCUCAGAAAUUGAAAGGAAUCGCCACCUCAGUGACACGGAAUUGAUUGAAGACAAGUUGAGGAUAAUUCGACGCGAGGUCAAGCAGCUGCUGCCCGCUGCAGUCACCCUGCGCUCUCCAGGUCGUGGAAAGUGA